AUGGGACGACUCGGUUUCAGCACCACGGAGAGCGCCCGACUUCUGCUGCUCAGUGUGUUUGGUGUGCUGGUGCUGUCCGUGGUCCUGGCGGAGCAGGAAGGGGAGAACCUGUCCGGUCUCUCCAACAACCCGGACAGAGCCAUCUUCGCGGUCCGGGAGAACGGCACGACAUGCCUGAUGGUGGAGUUCGCCGUGAAAUUCCUCGUGCCAUAUGACGUACUCGCGCUCAACGGGAUAGACCUGAUCACCGAGCAGGCGUCGUUCACUCUGCCCCGUGGUGCAGAAAUCGAGGGGAAAUGUGGGAGCACGGAAUCAGAGAUCCACAUAACCUGGAAGAACAACGCGUACACCCUCCGCAUCUUCUUCUCUAAGGAGUUCCGUGACAAGGGCAUCGAGGUGUGGAAGAUUAGCAAGGUCCAGUUCGUCUACGACACCUCGGAGACAUCGCAUUUCAUCAACGCGUACAACCCUGGGAAGCACACGGCCAGCACCCACCGUCUGUCGGCUCUGGUGACCCCCGCCGGGCGCUCCUAUGUGUGCACGGCACAGCAGACUCUCACCCUCAUCUCUAGUGACCACCAGAAGGGCAUCACCAUCUCCAUGUACGACACCCAGAUCCAGCCCUUUGACAUCGCCUCAGACUUCAUGUUCAGUGAACCCUACAAGUGUAUCACCGACCAGCGGGAGCGCCUGGAGGAGACCCUCCCCCUCAUUCUGGGCCUCAUUUUGGGCCUCAUAAUCAUCAUCACGCUCACCGUCUACCACUUCCACCUGAAGCUGACAGCGAACCAGCCCCAGCUCCCCAGAGAUCGCUCCAUGUACAAGAACAUGUAG